GGAAGCAAGAUGGCGGCGCGAACAGCGCUUGGGGCUCUGUGCCGGCACCUCUGGCAGGGCUUGGGGAAUUUGUCUGUAAACAGUUCUAAGAGCAGUACAGCAAAUAAUGGUGCCUUUCUUCUCAGUACCAGCAUGAAGUGGGUACAGUUCUCAAAUCUUCACAUUGAUGUUCCAAAGGAUUUGACCAAACCUACUAUAACCAUUUCUGAUGAACCAGACACAUUAUAUAAACGUCUGUCAAUUUUAGUAAAAGGCCACGAUAAGGCCGUAUUGGACAGUUACGAAUAUUUUGCGGUGCUUGCUGCUAAAGAACUUGGUAUCUCUAUUAAAGUACACGAACCUCCAAGGAAAAUAGAGCGAUUUACUCUUCUCAAAUCAGUGCAUAUUUUCAAAAAGCACAGAGUUCAGUAUGAAAUGAGAACACUUUACAGAUGUUUAGAGUUAGAGCAUCUAACUGGAUGCACAGCAGAUGUCUACUUGGAAUAUAUUCAGCGAAACUUACCUGAAGGAGUUGCCAUGGAAAUAACAAAGACACGGUUAGAACAAUUACCAGAUCACAUCAAGGAGCCAAUCUGGAAACAAGUACCAGAGGAAAAAGAAGAAAGCAAGUCAUGAAGCUUCAGGGAGCCACUUUGGACUUGAAAGAAGAGUGGGCCAGAUGUGUGUGUUUGAGUGGAGAGUGCUUGCAGCUGAGGCAGUCUGGAGUCCUCCUCACUGCUCUGUUGAGUCCUCUUGCCCAGUUCAGUUGAAAACAGGGAAUGGAAACUUAAUGACAGGCUGAAAUGGAGUAAAAGACAUUUUGUUCUUUUUUAUCCAUGUCAUUGUUUCCGUUCCAGUUUUAAAAACUUGAGCAGCUAGCCAUGGUGGUGCACAUUUAUAAUCCCAGCUGCUUGGGAGGCUGAAGCAGAAGCAAGUUCAAAGCCAGCCACAACAACUCAGUGAAAGCCUAUCUCAAAAUAAGAAAAGAGCUAGAAAUGUGAUUCGGUUAGAGAUUCCCCUGGGUUCUAUCCCCAGUACCACAAAAAAUAAAAAGUACAAGCGAACUACUUGGAUACUCUGGGCCAAGAGUCAAAUUUUAUAUUUUGUUCUGCUAUUGUUCUAUUAUUAGUUUCUACUGAUUUUAAUUUAUAGUAUUUCACAUAUUGGAAAAUGAGUGGUUUUUUUCACACACUUUUUUAAUUUUAAAUUUCCUUAAAAGAGAACCUUUGGUUAAUUUAACACUGAGCAGUUAAAGAUUUUAAUCUUUACCUUCGUGCAGGCUAGCAUAUGCUGCCUUGGCGGUGAUGACCAACAGAUUGACCUUAUUUAAACAUUACAUUUUUGAAUGUGGAUAUACCUGCAGUAGAUGAAGCACAUUUAUGACACCCACUAAACUCUCAUAACCCAAACACCUACAGGGUUGCUUCCAAGGUUCAUACAGUGGAGUUUAUGCUCUCAAGAUAUUACUAUGUGUGUCAUUUCAUUCAUCCUGUGAUUCAUUCAGUAAGCUUUUAUUUUGCACUCACUACUGUAGUAAUUACCAGUAAUUGAAUAGAAUUAAUGUCUUUUAAACAUUGAAGGCCCAGAUAAAUAUUUUUCCUUAAUUUCGUCCCCAGUAGGAAGCCCUUUUGGUAGCUUUCAUUUGCUUUAUUUGGAGAUGUCUACUUUUCCAUGAAAUUAAAACCCUGAAAGAUG